CAGUCCUUCCCAGAGAAUAUCUAAACGCAACCACCACAACCUCUAGUUCAGGGAUCCCUAGGAUGGUCUUGCUGUCUACGAGCUUCAGGCUCAUCGAGGCGGGCAAGACUCCAUUUCCCAAAGGCACUGCCCAGUCAAUUAGUACAGGUCUAAGAGCGUGGUGUCGUCCGUACCAUGCCUCGAGUAGGCUCUCCAAUGAACGGACGGACAAUUCCGCUAGUGCUACCAGCCCAGAGGCUAUACCUUACUCAGCACUGACAAUUGGUGCCCCGACGGAGAUUUAUCCGAAUGAGCGGCGUGUCUCUAUCACCCCCCAGAAUGCCGCUUUAUUGCUGAAGAAGGGCUUCUCUAAGGUGCUGGUAGAACGUGGCGCCGGGAUUCGUGCACAGUUUGUGGACGAGCAAUACGCGGCAGCUGGUGCAACUCUGGUUAUGCGGGAUGAUGUUCUCAAAGCUUCGGACAUCCUGCUCAAAGUGCGGCCUCCACUUUUGGGGAAGGAGGCUGAGCACCUCAGGGAACACAGCACAAUCAUAUCGUUCCUCUACCCGGCUCAGAACAAGGACAUUGUAGACGUAUUAGCUCAGAGGAAGGUCAAUGCAUUCGCUAUGGAUAUGAUACCCCGCAUCUCUCGCGCACAAGGCUUCGAUGCUCUGAGUUCCAUGGCCAAUAUUGCGGGUUAUAAAGCGGUUCUCGAAGCCUCAAACCAUUUCGGACGUUACAUGACUGGUCAAGUGACAGCUGCCGGAAAGAUCCCGCCUUGUAAGGUCCUCGUCAUCGGUGCUGGCGUCGCUGGUCUGAGCGCCAUAGCCACGGCCAAACGCAUGGGUGCUAUUGUACGCGGUUUUGAUACCCGUGCUCCAGCUUUGGAACAAGUCAAAUCCUUAGGAGGUGAACCCCUUGAGGUCUCCAUAAAAGAAGAAGGCAGCGGUUCAGGUGGUUACGCGAAAGAGAUGUCGAAGGAGUUCAUCGAUGCUGAGAUGGCUUUGUUCCUGGAGCAAUGCAAGGAUGUCGAUAUUGUUAUAACCACGGCUCUUAUCCCCGGGAAACCCGCACCAAAGCUCAUCACGAAGGAGAUGGUAGCUGCCAUGAAGCAAGGCUCAGUCAUCGUGGAUCUCGCUGCUGAAUCUGGAGGCAACUGUGAGCUGACGCGACCCGGCCAACUCCAUGUUGAGAAAGGCGUCACUAUCAUCGGUUAUACCGAUCUUCCAUCACGGCUGCCCACUCAGUCUUCGACUUUAUAUUCGAACAAUAUCACGAAGUUCCUGCUUUCCAUAGGCGGAGAUGGUAAAUUCGCGAUCGACUUGAACGACGAAGUCGUGAGGGGUGCAAUUGUUGUCCACAAAGGUACAAUCCUGCCUCCUGCGCCUCGUCCCGCUCCGCCGCCACCCCCACAACCCACGACUGCUAAGAUCGAAGAAGAGAAAAAAAUAACAGCUCUGACACCUUGGCAGAAAGCUCAGAGAGAAGUCGCGACAAUUACUGCAGGGAUGGGGACAGCCGUUGCUAUUGGCAAGUAUGCUGCCCCUGCAGCGGUAUCAACGCUUUUCACAUCUUUCGCAUUCGCCGGCUUGAUCGGAUAUCGUGUGGUUUGGGGGGUAGCUCCUGCCUUGCAUUCUCCUCUGAUGUCCGUUACGAAUGCAAUCUCCGGGAUGGUCGGUGUGGGCGGUCUAUUCGUGAUGGGAGGCGGCUAUCUUCCAGGGACUAUUCCUCAAGCGUUGGGUGCCUUGUCUGUGCUAUUGGCCAGCGUGAACGUUUUCGGCGGGUUCGUUAUUACGAAGCGCAUGCUCGACAUGUUUAAACGCCCCACGGACCCACCUGAAUAUCCUUGGUUGUAUGCCCUCCCUGCCAUUGUUUUCACUGGCGGAUUUUUGGCUGCUGCAAGCACCGGAAUGGCAGGCCUUGUCCAAGCAGGAUACCUCACUAGUAGUAUCCUGUGUAUUGGAUCAUUAUCGGGACUUGGGUCCCAAGGCACUGCACGACAGGGUAACAUCCUUGGCAUUCUCGGGGUCAUGUCCGGUAUUAUCUCGUCUCUGGCGGCGGUCGGGUUUUCCCCUGAGGUCAUGGUACAGUUCGCAACAGUAUCAGCUAUUGGGGGCACGAUAGGCGCGAUCCUCGGGCGACGAAUCACACCGACCGAAUUGCCUCAGAUGGUGGCUGCACUCCACUCGGUGGUCGGUCUGGCCGCAGUCUUUACUAGUAUUGGUAGUGUCUUAGCAGAUAUCGAUCAUGCAUCCACAAUGCACCUUGUCACCGCAUACCUUGGGGUCCUCAUUGGCGGUAUCACAUUCACAGGCUCUAUCGUCGCGUUCCUCAAGCUAGCUGGACGCAUGUCAUCCAGGCCUCUCCUGCUACCUGGAAGACACUUAAUCAAUAGUUCUCUGCUGGGUAUCAAUCUCGCCGCCAUAGGGCCAUUUUUGUCGAUGGCUCCUUCUGCACCUAUGGUGGCGGCAGGAUUCCUUGGUGCCAAUACGGUUCUCAGCUUCAUCAAGGGUUUCACAACUACAGCAGCUAUCGGCGGAGCGGAUAUGCCGGUCGUGAUCACUGUUCUGAAUGCAUAUUCCGGUUUCGCUCUGGUUGCGGAAGGAUUCAUGCUGGAUAAUACAUUGCUGACAACUGUUGGGUCGCUAAUCGGCGUUAGUGGUUCCAUCCUGUCGUACAUCAUGUGUGUGGCCAUGAAUCGUUCGCUCAUCAACGUGCUCUUCGGUGGAAUUGGGACACAAGCACCUACAGAGGGACCCAAGAUCGAAGGCACAAUCACGAAAACGACAGUAGAUGAGACUGUUGAUGCCCUUGCCAAUGCAGACAGCGUGAUAUUAGUGACAGGAUAUGGCAUGGCGGUUGCGCGGGCACAAUACGCUAUCUCCGAGUUCGUCUCGUUGUUAAGAUCAAAAGGUAUCCAGGUUCGCUUUGCAAUCCAUCCAGUGGCGGGCAGGAUGCCCGGCCAGUGCAAUGUUCUCUUAGCAGAAGCGUCCGUGCCAUAUGACAUCGUAUUGGAGAUGGAUGAGAUCAACGACGAUUUCUCCGAGACCGACGUUACCCUCGUCAUUGGCGCUAAUGACACGGUCAAUCCGAUUGCACUGGAGCCGGGCUCUCCCAUAGCUGGCAUGCCCGUCCUGCAUGCCUGGAAGAGCAAGCAGGUGAUAGUGAUGAAGAGAGGAAUGUCCAGCGGCUACGCGGACGUUCCCAACCCGAUGUUCUACAUGCCGAAUACGAAGAUGUUGUUCGGUGAUGCGAAGGAUACAUGCGAAGCCAUUAAGGAGGGUCUCAAAUCGAGAGGUUGAUUGCCAGAUCAUGAUCUACUGUGUUGGAACGUUGUAAUUUAAGGGGCCAAAUCACACGUAACAUACAGGAAUUUCAGCCAACGCAUUUUCAUUGAUAGGUUGCGGCCUCAACCUCUGCACAAACAGAUAAUGAGGAGCACAUCAUCCUUCAGCACGG